AACCGCGCGCGUCUUGCUCUCUCACGAGGACCGUGGCCUCCAAAGCCUAUCUCAGAAUCAUUUUACCCUUUUGCUAUGGACGGUAUCCGAGUUGCGAGGGUGGAGGGCGUUCUGUGCUGUAAGGCGGGCACCACCGCCCUAGGAACGGUACACCUCACUGCGCAUCAUCUCAUAUUCCACUACGAUGAUGAUCCCACACGGGAGGAGAUGUGGAUCCCGUACCCACUGAUCUCGCUGGUGACACGGCUGCCACUUACCCUUCAAGGCCUAUGUCCCCUCACGAUUCGUACAAGAACGUUUGAAUCGAUAAUCCUACUGUUUUCGACCGAGAAGGAAGCUGUUGAUGUCUUUGAGAGCGUGAAGGAGCUCACCGUCACGGCUUCCGUAACUCAACUCUAUGCCUUUUACUUCGUGCCCAACCCUCCGUAUCAGGCGCAGAAUGGGUGGUCCCUCUAUUCGCCAAGAGAAGAGU